AUUAAUUUGUGUUUUUAUCUAGAUAUAAUUCUUAUGGCCUUGUAAAACAUUUUAAUUCAACUAGGAACGUGUAGUUGUUCUUUUGUUAUAAGUAGUACCUACUUCCUCUUCCUAAGUUAUUGCUUGAUUUCACGUGGAAGUAACAUGGCGGACGCUGCUCCAGCCCGAGGUGGUUUUCGAGGUGGGUUUGGCUCUCGCGGGGGUCGCGGUGGUCCGAGGGGCCGUGGCAGGGGUCGCGGUCGCGGCAGGGGUCGCGGAAAGGAGGCAGAGAAAGAGUGGAUCCCGGUCACCAAGCUGGGACGUCUGGUGCGUGACGGCAAGAUACGCACACUAGAGGAGAUCUACCUAUUCUCCCUCCCCAUAAAGGAGUUUGAAAUUAUUGAUUUCUUCAUCGGGCCGUCUCUGAAGGAUGAGGUGUUGAAGAUCAUGCCUGUUCAGAAGCAGACACGUGCCGGUCAACGCACCAGGUUCAAGGCCUUUGUAGCCAUUGGCGACUCAAAUGGCCACAUCGGGCUGGGCGUGAAGUGCUCCAAGGAAGUUGCUACAGCAAUCCGUGGUGCCAUCAUAUUGGCCAAGUUGUCCGUGGUGCCGGUGAGGCGUGGCUACUGGGGGAACAAGAUCGGCAAGCCGCACACCGUGCCUUGCAAGGUGACAGGUAAGUGUGGGUCCGUGCAAGUGAGGCUGAUCCCGGCGCCCAGGGGUACCGGCAUCGUGUCUGCCCCGGUCCCCAAGAAGCUGCUCCAGAUGGCGGGCAUCGAGGACUGUUACACUUCUGCCCGGGGCUCCACCGGCACACUCGGCAACUUCGCCAAGGCUACAUAUGCUGCCAUCGCAAAGACAUAUGCCUACCUGACCCCCGAUCUGUGGAAGGACAUGCCUCUAACCAAGACCCCAUACCAGGAGUUUGCCGACUACUUGGCCAAGAAUCAUCGGCCUGUGGCUGGUGCAGGCAUCCCGCGAGAGUCCUAAGUCACCCUGUUCUGAGCUAGUCUGGAUGUGAAAUAAUAUGACUUCAAACGA